AUGAUUUCAACAACAAAUCUAAAGGAUGUUCUUGAUGAUGUACUUCUUCUUAGCUAUUCUGAUUAUAUUGCCAAUGAGUCGAAUGACUCUUUGAAUGAUUCUGUACAAAUCGAUAAUGCUGAAUCACCUCCACACCCACCUUCUCGUUCAGCUAAUAAGUCAAUUAUCAAAUCAAAUUUUACAAAUAUCGUUUUCUGUGAUUAUGUUAAUAGUAACGAAUCAGCAGAUUCAUUGGAAGCUCACUUCCAAAAGUCAUUCGAUCAUUCUUUUUGUUCUAGUUCAAUUGGAAGGUUAGAAGAAUGGAAGAAACAACAAAGCUAUUAA